UAUAGUAAGGUUACAUAUAUAAAUUGAUAGUCACUAAUAACAAAUAAAGUUUUCAUGUGUUUCUAUUUGUGAUUAACCAAAAACAAAAACUAAAACAAAACAAGAAAAAACCCGAAACGAAAUGAAACAAACAAAACAAAUAACCAUGUACCUUCUACAAAUGUGUAUAAGUUUUAUAUAAUCAUGUACGAAUAGUAGUAUGAAUGUUAAUAUAUUCAUUGAAUUGUUAUUAUUAUUAUUAUUAUUAUUACUAUUACUAUUUCAUUGAAUAUUCAACCUAAACUAAAAUCAUUGAAUAUACUGGUUUUCUCUAUUCAAUUAAUUGAAUACAAUUCAUUUGAAUCUCUUUUAUAAGUGGAUUAUUUCACAAUCUAAUUCAAUGUAUCUUAUAUUAAAUUAAAUUAAAACAAAACAAAACAAAACAUGCCUAAAACUUCAGUAAACACUAAAGAAUCAAAAUAUUUUCCAAAUUUUAUUAAACGGAAUAAAAGUGUUCAUUUACAAAAUCGUCAUAAUAUGAAAGCUCUUCUGGAAGAAGCAAAGAAAGAAUUUCUAGAAAAAUGGGAGAAGCCUGCUCAGAACACGGCCACUCUGGAUUCAUUCGACCGAAUCAAAACGUUAGGCACUGGGUCUUUCGGACGCGUGAUGCUAGUCCAGCACAAAGUCAGCAAGGAGUAUUAUGCUAUGAAGAUUUUAGACAAACAAAAGGUGGUGAAGUUGAAACAAGUUGAACAUACGUUAAACGAAAAGCGUAUAUUGCAAGCUAUUUCGUUUCCGUUCCUUGUCCGGUUGGAUUAUCAUUUCAAAGACAAUAGCAAUUUGUAUAUGGUUUUGGAAUUUGUUAAUGGGGGAGAAAUGUUUUCCCAUUUAAGACGCAUCGGUCGUUUCAGUGAAAGUCAUUCACGAUUCUAUGCUAGUCAAGUGGUGUUGGCAUUUGAAUAUCUACAUCAUUUAGAAUUAGUCUACAGAGAUUUGAAACCGGAAAACAUUCUUAUUGAUCAAUAUGGAUAUUUAAAGAUAACAGAUUUUGGUUUUGCUAAACGUGUAAAAGGUAGAACAUGGACUCUAUGCGGUACACCAGAAUAUUUAGCUCCUGAAAUUAUUCUAAGCAAAGGUUACAAUAAAGCUGUUGAUUGGUGGGCACUUGGUGUAUUAGUUUAUGAAAUGGCAGCUGGUUAUCCACCAUUUUUUGCUGAUCAACCAAUACAAAUUUAUGAACGUAUUGUAUCGGGAAAAGUUCGUUUCCCGUCACACUUUAGUUCUGAUUUAAAAGAUUUACUAAGAAAUCUUUUACAAGUUGAUUUAACUAAACGUUUUGGAAAUUUAAAAAAUGGUGUUAAUGAUAUUAAAACACAUAAAUGGUUCGCAACAACUGAUUGGUUCUCUAUUUUUAAACGUGAUAUUGAAGCACCAUUUACACCAAAAUGUUCUGGUGCUGGAGAUGCAAGUAAUUUUGAUGAUUAUGAAGAAGAACCAUUACGUAUUGCUACAACAGAGAAGUGUGCAAAAGAAUUUGGUGAAUUUUAAAUAUUAAUGACGAAAAUAUGAAUAAUAAUAAAUGAUUAAUUAAAUUAACAAUUGAACAUUUGAUACUGACUGUAAACAAACACAACCAUUAUCAGUUGUUACUAUUACUACUACUACUACUACUAAUAAUAAUAAUAAUAAUGACAAUGAUAGUGGUUCUAUUAUCAUUAUUGCUUUCCAAGUGCUUAUUAUUUCCAACUUGUUCUCACCAAUGAUUUUUAUUGUCACCUGUUUUCUUCUGAUUUGUUUUUAUCGUCCUGUUCUUUUUUUUGCAUUGACUUUUAUUUAUCGCAGUGAAUUUUGUUGUCUUUCUUCAUCUUUCUCUUUGUGUUAUGCAUAAAGAGUUGCCUAUCGUUGCCACUAUUGCUCCAUCGAUCUCUUUCUUCAUUCAUCUGUUAUUAUUAUUAUUAUUAUUAUAUGAGAAAAGUGUUUAUUAUUACAGUAUACGAAUUCACACGAUAAAUAUAUAUCCUUGAAAAGAAAAGAAAAAAUUCUGAUCUCAAUGAAGAGUUAUAAAAUAUGCUUUUCUUGUGUGUAUGUAUGUUUGUGUGCAUAAGUUGUGGUUAUUCAUUUCCUUUUUUUUUUCUUGUUUUAAUUCAUACUAUGAUUGUAAACUAUAAAACUAUUCUAUAAUGUUCAAUUCCUUCAAUGAAUGUGGAGAUUUUUUUCGGCAUAAACUUUGUAAUUAUUCACUUAGAACAUAGCAAUAUUACUAAUAAACAUUGAAAAUAAUAAUUUUUAAUGUACAUUAAAAACUAUAUCGUAAAUUAUAUUUUAAAGUUUCGGUAUCUAUCUAGAAAAUUCACUUUCAACACUUCAAUGGUUUAAGUAAAGAAAAUUUUGUAAUCAUUUAUGCUUGUAAUUGUUAUUUUUUUUUUCCAAUGGCUACUAUUAUUACUAGCAUAUAAUACUAGUACCAUUAUCAAUACUAAUACUAGAAUAUUUCUAUGAUAACUGAAUUACAUUGAUAAUAUCUCUUCAUAUUUUGUAUGAUGUGUUUUAUGGUUUAAAUAGGUUAAAUCAAAUGUUCCGUUUCUAUUGAUGAACUAUUACUUAUAAUUGAUUUUUCCCCCUUUUUCAAAGAAAAAAUUUUUAAAAAAAAUCCACCACUAUACUUCAUGCUCACGUUUAUAUCUUGAUUGUCUUAAAAGAAAAAAAGAAAGACAAGAACAGAAUAUUGUCAUUCCAUUAUUAUUAAUGAGUUGAAACAUUCUGGAAGUGUUUGAUUUGUGAGCACAAUAGAAAUAUUGUUCAUGUUAUUAUCUAUUCCUUUAACCAUUCUGUUAUGCAUCAUACUUUCUUUUUUCUCUCCCUCAUUUAUGUUACUCAUUAUUUUAAACACUUUGAAAAUGUGCAUGUUUAAAAGGAAUAUUGUUAAUUUCAUGCGAAAAACAAUAUACAUUCAAACUAUACACGUAAAAUAUAUAUACAAGUUAAUGAUGAAAUUACUCCCUGACUGAUGACGAUUUUUUUUCUUCUUCUGAAUAGUAUCACCAAAAAAAAUUAUGUUUUUGUUUUCUCAAUCUACUUCAUAAUGUAUGUUGUUUUGCUUAACAUAAAGUAAUCCUUUGUUUGUUUGUUUGUUUGUUUUUUCUCUCUCAUCAAUUUAUUUGCUUUCCUUUAUUUCGUUCGAAAAAACAACAACAGCACAAGUUUUAUUCCCCUUUAUAAAAUCAAAUAUUCCCACUCUGCUUUUUUAUUUUCGAAUUAUCCACUACAACAUUUUAUUUCAAUUUGUAAAUA